CUUUAAUUGUCCGACAAAGUUUUUGAUGAGGUGGUCUGUAUUGAUUUGUCUACAAAUAUACAUAAGAAUUUGCAAUCUGUUACAGUAAUUUGUUUGACAUUGAUGCAUUGGGAAUUUGGUCUGCAGGUAAAGCAGCUGAGAACCACUAAUGUAUAGGCUACUUCAUUGUAAGUGCCAGAUUGCAGCAGUCUUCCGUCAUCCAUUUAAGCACCUCCCCUAGUCACAUAUAGACAGAAAGCACUUAGAUGCUGAAAUCAGAUCUGCUUCUAAAUGAUUAAUGGUAUGCAUACUGUGGAGUCCAUUAUUCGCUGUCAUAUUGAAGUUACUGGUCGUUAUUGUAACUUAUGUUAUGCAUCAUCUAGUUUAAUCUGUAGGGAAAUAAAGGACACAAAUACAGCUUGAGCUCAUCUUAAUGUAAAGUAAUGACCAAUGUCAGUGAAGUUUGAUAGCCCUACUUGAGUCUAACACAAGACACAGAAAGCCAUUCAUUCAAAGAAUCGCUGCGUCAUUACCACAUAUUUCACUUUACCGACAUGUUUUCAUUGCCGAGAUAAUCUAUGCUUUUUCAAGCUUGCUCUGCAUGCAGAUGAAGCACAAUAUUGCUGAUAUGGCAUUUAACUUAUACAAGUUAAUAGGCUGUAGCAAAACAGGAAGAGGUGUGAUAAAAACACAAAUUGCCGUAAUUAGCAUAUUUUAAAAAUCAUCUUAAUGCAAAGACAAGCAGUAGUGGUUUGAUCUGACAGUUACAUGCUACUUUUAAUUGUUUUAUUGGACUCUUGAGGCCUCCUCUAAUGGGACAGUCCAAACUAAAGCACUGACUGGCUGCAUCAGAGCUGCUGAUUCUGAAGUCAGUCCUUCAUGCAGCAUUUCACUGUGCUGUGCGGGACAGAGGAGCGUUUGGAUUUCGACUCCGCUCACAGCCAUGCGUCUUACAAACGAUAAAUGUUCUUCCAUCCGAAAGUGUCUUUUGAUAACUUUACUAUUCAUCUGUUCAUUUCAACUGUCCCGAUCAAAGCGAAUAUUCAAAUGUCCUUCAGGAUGCACUUGCACGACAGAUUCAAUUAUUUGUGUCGGUUCGUCUCUCAUCCCGCGGACUAUACCGAGUGACAUCAACUCUCUGAGUAUUGUUAAUUGCAGUUUCCCAGAAAUCAAGGAAGCUAUGUUCUCGCUCAUGCCCUCACUGCAGUUAAUUCUCCUUAGUUCUAAUUCAUUUUCUGAAAUAAAGGAGGAUGCAUUCUCAGGGCUUCCUCAUCUUGAGUAUUUAUUUAUUGAGGGCAACAAAAUUGAAGAGAUAAACAAAUAUGCCUUCAGAGGACUUCGGGAUGUUACACAUCUAUCAUUAGCAAACAACAAUAUAAAAACAUUGCCCAGAGGUCUUUUUUCUGAUCUGCGCUCUUUGAUUGAACUAGACCUGCGAGGGAACAUGUUCCAGUGUGACUGUGAGUCCAUGUGGUUGAUGCUGUGGUUGAAACGAUCCAAUGCCACAAUCACAGAUGUUUACUGUGCCAGCCCAUCUGGCAUGAAGGGUGUCCUAUUAAAGGAUGUCCCAGAAAAACACAGCAAGUGUGUCUCCACAGAAUUUGUUCAGCAUCAGAUAGUGAAUACUCAAUCCAUGUCAGCAGACAUCUUCACUCACAAAGAUGAUAUAUAUGUCGCUAUGGCAGUUCCAAAUUCAGACAGCUGCAUGAUCAUGGAAUGGGAUCACAUUGAGACUCAAUUCAGGCCUUUUGAUGACAUCGCAGGACGGUCUGUUGUUGGGUGCAGGUCUGUUCUGAUCAACGAGCAAGCAUUUGUCAUUGUCUCCCAGCUCUUCGAUGGCUCCCUUGUCUACAAAUAUGACCAAACACAGAAUAAGUUCACCAAGUUUCAGGCAGUUGAAAUGCUUAAUGUGUCCAAGCCAAAUGACAUUGAAGUCUUCCAGAUUGGAGAUGACUGGUUCUUCCUUAUUGUGGACAGUUCCAAAGCUGGAAUGACAACUCUGUUUAAAUGGAACGAAACUGGUUUCUAUCCAUAUCAGUUCCUUCAUGAGUGGUUUCGUGAUACCGAUGCAGAGUUUUUUGAUUUAGAUGGCAAAUCUGUUCUCAUACUAGUGAGCCGCUCACAGGUUCCUGUUAUCUACCAAUGGAACAAGAGCACCCAGAAGUUUGUUCUCCAUGAUGAGAUAGCAAAUAUGGACGACAUUGUCAGCGUGAAGGCCUUUAGGAUUCAUGACGUUCUCUACCUUGCCCUCGCCUGCUACAUUGGUGACUCAAAAGUCAUGAAGUGGACCGGCAAACACUUUGAAGAAGUACAAGGCUUCCCUUCACGUGGUGCUACGGUAUUACAGCCUAUCAUGUUCAAAGACCAGCACUAUUUGAUUCUGAGCAGUGAUUAUUCUUUCUCCCAGAUCUUCAAAUGGGAUGAGGAGAACCAGGGUUUUAUCAAGUUCAGGGAUGUGUAUGUUCAGUGGCCACGCUCAUUCACAGCACUGUCCACAGACCAGCGCGAUUUUGUGCUGGCCACCAGUUUCAAAGGCAAAACCAAAGUUUUUGAACAUAUUUCAGUGGAUUAUAGCAAAUGAGGCAUAUGCUAUUGUUCGUUCCACCUGGGCAAAUGCUAAAACAAAACUCUGUUCUUUACUAUAUGUAUACAUUUAACCUUAAUAUUUAUGAAUGUAAUGUUUUGUCAACAGAAAGGCCGAAACCCAGUAGACAUCUCUAUUCUCUAGUCUUGCAAAAGCUAUUUAUGCAACAUUUUCUAUUAAAGUUUGAAUAAAUAAUGCAUUAAUUCAGACACUGAAAAUACCUGACUGUUUGAUCAUAUCAGGGUACUUUAAAAUAUAUCAGGUUCACCAAAGAUAGGAACUCCAUCCAAAAGACUGCGGACUUAAAGGAAUAGUUCACUCAAAAAGUAAAAUUCUUACUCACCCUAAAAUGUUCCAAACCUCUAUGAAUUUCAUUCUUCUGCUGAACACAAAAGAAGAUAUUUUGAAGAAUGUCGGUAAAUGUAAAUGAUGACAGAAUUUUCAUUUUUGGGUGAACUAUCCCUUUAAGCUUGUCAGCUUCAAGCUAAUUUAUCCUAAUGAGCUGGUUUGACUUCAUGCAAGCAUGUUAUUGGUGCUGACUAGUGCUAUUAUUCAGAGGAGACCCUCAAUGUUAUUGCCUUUGAUGAAUGGAAACCUUUAGAUAUUUUUAUUUUUUACAUAGCAGGAUCCUUUUGUCAGUUUUAUUACUGUAUCUGGCCGAGCAAUAUACUGAAUGUACCUCUGAAAAUAUAUUAAUGAUAAUAAAUAAAACAGCAUCUUCUAUUGA